AAAAUAAAGCUCUCUACGAGGUUGGGAGAGACAUCUUAGAGACAUCUUGGAGACAUCUUGAAACAGAGCAAAAGCCUGGACCUCUGAUUUACAACACUUUCUCUCCCAUAAUCACAGAAGUGGAGGAGAUAAAUUUUAACAUAGUAAGCUUGGUGGUUGUUUCUGCGCAUGCUUACCUCUCAUUUGCACUGUGCAGUCAUCAGGCAAGGAUCUCUCAGCUGGAGCUCUCACUCGUAGACCCCAUUCACUUGGGCAGAGGGUCGGUUCUGGUCCGGAAGCCUCUGGGAGAUCGAAAGGAUCUCGAAUCGUCAUGUGGUCUCCCAGGAUGCCUCUCCGGAUCAUCGUUUGGUGUUGAAGACCUGCAGCGAAGUGCCAGACAUCAGGGAAGCUUGGCUCCGCGUUGCAUUCAUUGAGGGGGAGUGGAUUGAAGAUGUCGCCUGUCGCAGGAUCGGGAUGUCUCUUCGGUAUCUGCAGGAUUGAGAAUAACAAUGGCAAGUAAGAAGAAAGAAAUUCAGCUACAGGCAGUAAUACUCAAUCAAACACAAUGGGAUGAGAUGCUGCUAAAUAAAGGUCUAACAGUGGUAGAUAUUUAUCAGGCAUGGUGUGGACCUUGCAAAGCUGUAGUAAACUUGUUCAGGAGGCUAAAAAAUGAAUAUGGUGAAGAUAAUCUUCUACAUUUUGCUGUGGCAGAGGCUGAUAGUGUGGUGACGCUGCUCCCAUUUAAAGAUAAAUGUGAACCUGCUUUUGUCUUCUGUCUGGAUGGCAAGAUGAUAGAUAUUGUAAGAGGAGCAAAUGGACCACUUCUAAAUAGAAAAGUAAUAGAACUAAUUGAACUAGAAAGAAAAAUUGUAGCUGGAGAAGUGCAAAGACCAGAGAUACCAGAGCUCAUGUUUAUAGAAGAGAAAGAAUUAGAAGAAGAACCUGAAGAAGAAGAAGUUGGAGAGGAGGAAAAAUGUGUGGUUGUCAUUAUAAAACCUGAUGCUGUUGCAGAAGGAAAAGUUGAAGAAAUAAAGCAAUUGAUUAUUGAAGCAGGCUCUGUCAUUCUUGCAGAAGACAAGAAGAUUUUAACUGAUGAGCAAGUUAAGAAUUUUUAUGAAAGCAAAUCAGAAGAGGUAAAGGGGAUUCUGAGGUUUAACUUUAGGGCUGUAUUGAGGAAUUUACAAAGCAUCUGGCUGACAAAAUUGCUGAGAUUCAUUCUCAGUUGGAGACCAAGUGAGCCUGAUUUUGAAGACUUUGUUUCAUAUAUGCUGUCUGCACCCUCCUAUAUUCUGAUAAUAUCUGAAAGAAAGCAUGGCCAAAAUAUGCCUUUUUUACAUGAAUUGGAAGCAGUGGAAGAAGAAGAUGAGGAUGAAGAAGAGGAGAAGGAGGGGGGAAAGGAAGAAGAAGAAGAAAAAGAAGAAGAAAUGAAAGAAAGGGGAGAAUUUUUAUCUGAGGCAUGGAGGAAACACUCUGUGACACCAGUAAUUGGUUUGAAAGAGAUGUUGCAAAAUCAAGACCUGUUACAUCACUGUGAUAUUCAGGAUCGUGUUGAAGAAACAAGCAGGCAACUUGCCUUCUUUUUUUCUGAUUUUUCCAAGCAAAGGAAUGAAAAAAAUGUUGAGCGAACACUGGCAUUGAUCAGACCUUCCCUUUUAAAAGAAAGAAGAGAAUCUAUUCUGAAUAGAAUUGUGGAAAAUGGCUUUGAAAUAGCCAUGCAAAAGGAAAUCACCUUAUCAGAAGAACAGGCUCGUGAAUUCUACCGAGAACAUGAAAAUCAAGAUUAUUUUCCAUAUAUUUUGGAUCAAAUGACCAGUGGGCCAACUCUUGCUCUUGCUUUGGUACGAGAGAAUGCAAUCCAAAAAUGGAGGGAUUUACUUGGCCCAAAGAUAAUCCAAGAAGCAAAGGAACAAUACCCCCAAAGUUUACGUGCUGAAUUUGCAAUCCAUGAUUCUCCAAUCAAUCAGCUGCAUGGCAGCGCAAACACGAAUGAAGCUACAAAGGAAUUACAAUUCUUCUUUCCUGUAGAAAACACUAUGGCUCUCAUUAAACCUUCUGCUUUUGAAGAGAAAGAUAAAAUUAUAAAUGAAGUAAAAGAUGCUGGAUUUCUAAUCUCAGAAUUGAGAGAAGCACACAUAAGUCCAGAGAUAGCAGCACAAUUUUAUCAAGAUCAUGAAGAUAAGCCAUAUUAUAAUCAACUAGUGGAUUAUAUGUCAAAAGGCCCAUCAAUGGUCAUGGUUCUAACUAAAGAAAAUGCUGUGGAGGAAUGGCGACAAUUAAUGGGACCAACAGAUCCAACGAAAGCAAAAGAAACACAUCCUAAUUCAAUACGUGCUAAAUUUGCAACUGAUGUUCUGCACAAUGCUGUUCAUGGGUCCUCAAAUGAGGAACAUGCUAAAAAAAGCAUUAACUUUAUAUUUGGAGAUAUUGAUUUAGAAAGCCUAAAAUACAAAUACAUUUAUAUGUAAAUUUCAGAGUUGUCAACAAUAAAUGAUCUGUACAAAUAUA